AUGGAGGGAAAUUUGCCCCCAGCACACCCCGACGUUGAAACAUCUUGGGAAGGAAAAGUUUGGGAAAAACAAAAAGGACAUUGUCGGCCAGGCGGCCAGAGGGAGGGGGGGGAGGCGGGACACGGUGAACGACAGACAGACAUUGUUAGGGAUACCCGCCGCGCAUUGUUGUUUGGGAUCUUGUUCUCUGUUUUGUUUCCCGUUCAUGUUUGGGGUUUCCUUCGUUCACGGCUCCUCCUCCUCUGUUGUAACCCCACCCCCUCCCCUCUUUCUCGAAAGGCCACGCGGUGUAGUAAUAAUGUGAGGAUAAGGAACAUUCGCUUCAACAAAGACAAAGUUUUUUAUUUUCCUAUCGAGUCGGAUACUAAGGAGAGAAAGAUACCACGGCAUGAGGAGAUAACGGAUGGAGACGAAGUGCUCGAACGUAUGGACGGGGAAGGUGGGGAGGAUGACGGCGUACGAAGUUUCGAAGCGGAACGGACUGAGUGUGGUUUCUCCUGGAGGGCCAGGUACUGGGGAAGCAGCGGCGGGUGCCGAUGCCAGGUACUUGGUUUGUUUAUUUUAUUUUUUGAGGGGGGUGUAUCAAUUGUGGCAACUUUAAGCUUGAGCUCUUGA